AUGUUGGAUCUUGUUGUUCAAGAGCAUUUCCUAAGCUUUAUUGGAAAUCCUGGCAUUCAGAAAUGUGGAUUAAAAAUACUUUCUUCUGUAGUGGAGUGUUCUGGUGCACUACAAAUGUUAUCCCAACAAGGAGCCGCAGACACUGUACUUCACACACUACAGAUGUAUCCAGAUGAUCAAGAAAUACAGUGCUUAGGUUUGAGUCUUCUAGGAUCUUUGAUUACAAGAAAGAGUUUGUGUAUCGCAUCUAUGCAUGUGCUGGCAACAGUUCUGGUUUCUACUUUACGACGAUUUAAGGAGGUCGUUGAAAUACAGAUACACGGAUUUCACAUGAUCUUGACAAUCAUUGACUUGUCACCUUGUUUUGCAAAGCUGCUGAUAUAUGAAUCAUUUGACACAGUCAUUUUUUAUCAAAUGUCCAUGUGUUUCACUGAACAAAGAGACCAGCAGUUUCAAAGCUUGUGCUGUAAAUGCUUCGCUAAAAUAGCCAACAAUGAUGAUUUAAAAAACGUGAUGCUGGAGAAAGCAUGUGCUGAGUACAAUAGCAUUAUGGCUGAAUGUUUACUUUUACUGGGAGCUGAUGUUAAUAAGAACACAAAGACGAGCUCUUUAAUCUAUCAGGUUUGUGAGAAAGGAAGCAAUCCUAAGCUGGUGGAACUGCUAUUAAGUAGUGGUGCUCGAGAGCAGGAUGUUCGGAGUGCUUUAACAGUCAGCAUAAAGAAAGGAGAUAGCCAGAUCAUCAGCUUGCUCUUAAGGAAGCUUAGCCUGGAUGUAGCCAACAGCAGUAUAUGUCUUGGAGGAUUUUGUAUGGGGAGAAUUGAACCUUCCUGGCUCAGCCCUUUGUUCCCAAAUAAACUUACUCCUAUAAGAAAACAAACAAAUGCAGGUUCUGCAUUGGCAAGAAUGGUGCUCAGAUACCAAAUGAAGAGUUUUUCAGAAGACCGAUCAAGAUCCAGUUCUGAUGUAACUUUCUCUGAAGAUGUACUGGAUAAAAGUGAUGAUUGGAUAUUCAUGCCUGAGCCAUUAGUAGACAGUGUUUUUCGCUUGAGUGAUGACAUCGAUAGUGAAGGGAGUGAAGGUUCAUUUCUGAUGAAAAAGAAAUCCAACUCCAUUGCAGUUACUGAUCUGUACAAAGAUACAACCUUACAAACAUAUUCUCCUACUUUGCCAAGGCAUUCCAAUUCUCUGGGACCUGGUUCAGAUCAUGAACCAUUAGUGAAGCAAAGAAGAAGAUUAUUGUCUUCAGAUGAAUCUCACAAAGGGAUCUCAAAAUUCCAACCGCAUUUAAAACGAUCAGACAGUUUGUCUUCAUUGGUCUCUGAGAAAGACUAUAUUAAGUCAUUAGAUCUUUCAUCAAAUGAGCUGGAGAAUAUAGAUGCCAUCAAAGGGAUCUCAAAAUUCCAAUCGUAUUUAAAACGAUCAGACAGUUUGUCUUCAUUGGUCUCUGAGAAAGACUAUAUUAAGUCAUUAGAUCUUUCAUCAAAUGAGCUGGAGAAUAUAGAUGCCAUCAGUCAGAACUGCUGCUUAACUGGUCACUUGGAACAUCUUGAGAAAUUGGAGCUGCACCAAAAUGCACUCAGAAGCAUUCCAGAACAACUGUGUGAAACUUUGAAAUGUUUGACUUACUUGGAUUUGCACAGUAACCGGUUUGCAUCUUUUCCUACUUAUUUACUGAAAAUGAAUUAUAUUGCAAACCUUGAUAUCUCGCGGAAUGACAUUGGCCCUUCCUUAGCUUUGGAUCCACAUACCAAAUGCCCAACUCUGAAGCAGCUUAAUCUAUCAUACAAUCAACUGUCGUGCAUUCCUAAAUUUCUUGCGGAUAUUGCAGAAAACCUAGAACAGCUAAUGCUAGAAGGAAACAAAAUCUCAGGUAUAUGUUCACCCAUAUGCUUGAAGGAACUGAAAGUUUUAAACAUUAGUAAGAACAGUAUUUCAUCCUUGGCUGUUAAUUUUCUCAAGGAGUGCACAAAAUUGGAGCUAUUUAGUGCCAGGAUGAAUUUACUUGAUACCAUACCUAACUUGCCAUCUAGCAUAACAAAUUUAAAAUUAUCUCAAAAUCAUUUUGUCAGUAUUCCAGAAGCGAUUCUUCUUCUUCCACAUUUGCGAUCAGUAGAUUUAAGCAACAAUAAAAUCAUAAACCUGCCUGGACCUGUGCACUGGAAAUCCUUAAACUUAAGGGAGCUCUUGUUUAACUGCAAUCAGAUAGACAUUUUGGACUUGAAUGAAAAAGCAUAUGCAUGGUCCAGGCUAGAAAAGCUACACCUGUCCCGUAACAAGUUAAAGGAGAUUCCUCCUCAAAUUGGCUUCCUUGAAAACUUGACAUCUCUGGAUGUAAGUUAUAAUCCUGGCUUGAGCUCCUUUCCAGAUGAAAUGGGAAAGUUGUCCAAAGUCUGGGAUCUUCCUUUGGAUGGGCUUCAUCUUAAUUUAGAUUUCAAACAUGUUGGAUGCAAAGCCAGAGACAUUAUAAGGUUUCUUCAGCAGCGGCUAAAGAAGGCUGUCCCUUAUAAUAGAAUGAAACUCAUGAUUGUGGGAAAUACUGGCAGUGGUAAAACUACACUGUUACAGCAGCUAAUGAAAUGCAAACGGUCAGAUUUGGGGACACAGAAUCCUACAAUAGGCAUAGAUGUAAAGGACUGGUCAGUUCCCGUGAAAGGCAAAGUGAAGAAAUUGAUAUUAAAUGUCUGGGAUUUUGCAGGACAAGAGGAGUUCUACAGCACUCAUCCACAUUUUAUGACUCAGAGAGCCUUGUAUCUUGCUGUUUAUGAUCUCAGCAAAGGACAAGCAGAAGUGGAUGCUAUGAAGCCAUGGCUGUUUAAUAUCAAGGCUCGAGCUUCCUCAUCCCCCGUGAUUCUUGUUGGCACUCAUUUAGAUGCCUCUGGUGAGAAGCAACGUAAGGCCUGCCUGAGUAAAAUUACCAGAGAGCUGUCGAAUAAGAGGGGCUUCCCAGCAAUCAAAGAUUCUCAUUUUGUAAAUGCUACAGAAGAAUCUGAUGCUAUGAUCAAACUUCGGAAAACCAUAAUAAAGGAGAGUCUGAAUUUCAAGAUCAGAGACCAGCCAGUAGUAGGACAGCUAAUCCCAGACAGCUAUCUGGAACUUGAGAAGAUAAUUUUAUUCAAACGUGAAAAUGUUCCAACUGAAUUUCCUGUGAUUGACCAUAAGCAAUUAUUAGAACUGGUGCAAGAAAGUCAGUUACAGUUGGAUGAAAAUGAACUUCCUCAUGCAGUUCACUUUCUGAAUGAAUCAGAUGAUGCUGUUGUUUCAGUGGGAGAUUCGGCUCCUCCAGAAGAACACAGGACCCCUCAAGACCUCCUGAAAAUAGUGAUCUUGAUGCUUGACAUCCAGCCAGAAGAGAUUUUGACAGUGAAGGUGGAAGGUUUUCCUAAAUACCCUAAAGGAAUUAUAAAGCGUUCAGAUGUGGAAAAAUUCCUUUUAAAGAAGAGCAGAUUCCCUAAGAUCUACAUGUCACAAUACUUUAAGCUUCUGGAAAAGUUCCAAAUUGCAUUGCCAUUAGGAGAAGAUCAACUACUUGUUCCAAGCAGUUUGUCUGAUCACAGACCUGUUAUAGAGCUUCCCCACUGUGAAAACUCAGAAAUCAUCAUUAGGCUGUAUGAGAUGCCGUACUUUCCCAUGGGGUUCUGGUCCAGACUGAUCAAUAGGCUGCUUGAAGUAUCUCCUUACAUGCUCUCAGGAAGAGGUUGUGUCCUUUUGGGGCAAGUUGUGGAUCACAUUGAUUCUCUUGUGGAAGAAUGGUUUCCAGGUUUACUGGAUAUAGAUGUAUGUGGUGAAGGGGAAACACUGUUGAAGAAAUGGGCUUUGUGUAGCUUUGAGGAUGGCAAAGAACACCAAAAAAUAUUACUUGAUGAUUUACUUAAAAAACUGAAGAAGAAAAACUUUGGUAUCUCAGUUAGCUUAAUGCUGUAUGGUGAUCUCUUAGUAAAUCCAGAUCAACCAAGAUUUACCAUUCCAAUAGCCCAGAUUGCUCCUGACCUGAUAUUGGCUGAUUUGCCUAGAAAUAUCAUGUUGAACAAUGAUGAAUUGGAAUUUGACAAGGCUCCUGAAUUUCUGUUGGGUGACGGUGGGUUUGGAUCUGUGUACCGCGCAUCAUAUGGUGGAGAAGAAGUAGCUGUAAAGAUUUUUAAUAAACAUACUUCCCUCAGACUCUUAAGACAAGAGCUUGCAGUGCUUUGUCAUCUCCAUCACCCUAGCUUAGUGUCUUUGCUGGCUGCUGCAGUCCGUCCCCGGAUGUUGGUAAUGGAAUUAGCCCCUAAGGGUUCUCUGGAUCGUUUGCUUCAGCAAGAUAGUUCAAGCUUAACUAAAACACUUCAGCACAGGAUAGCUCUACAUGUAGCAGAUGGCUUAAGGUAUCUGCAUUCCUCAAUGAUCAUUUAUCGAGAUUUAAAGCCUCAUAAUGUGCUGCUCUUUACGUUAUAUCCCAAUUCAGCAGUCAUUGCAAAGAUUGCUGAUUAUGGUAUUGCUCAGUAUUGCUGCAGAAUGGGGAUAAAAACCUCAGAAGGCACACCAGGAUUUCGAGCACCAGAGGUUGCCAGAGGAAAUGUUAUUUACAAUCAGCAAGCUGAUGUGUAUUCAUUUGGCUUGCUUCUUUAUGACAUUUUAACAGCAGGAGGUAGAAUAAUAGAAGGCAUGAAGUUUCCAAAUGAAUUUGAUGAAUUAGCAAUUCAUGGAAAAUUACCAGAUCCUGUCAAAGAAUAUGGGUGUGCCCCCUGGCCUGAAGUUGAAAGUUUAAUCAGCAAGUGUUUGAAAGAAAACCCUCAGGAAAGACCUACAUCUGCCCAGGUUUAUGAUAUUUUGAACUCAGCAAAGCUUAUCUGUUUGAUGAGAUAUAUUUCAAUACGCAGUGCCUUUACAGCAGAGUGCAUGGUUGCUUCUAAUCAAAGCUGCAAGAAGGCAGGGGUCUGGAUAGGUAAUGGAAAUACAAAAAAAGGCCAGGUUUCGUUUAUUGACUUAAAUACAGACGACCAAACUUGUGAGGACAUUGCAGAUGGAAGAAUCUUGUGUUUGGCUUUAGUGACUCUUCCUACAGAGAAAGAAAACUGGGUUGUGGCAGGAACACAGUCUGGUUCCCUGUGGGCAUUUAAUACAGAAGAUGGAAAAAACAAACACCAUCUUCAGAAAAUGUCAGAUUCUGUUACCUGUUUAUACUGCAACUUUUUUUCAAAGCAAAGCAAACAGAAGAAUUUUUUUCUGGUGGGAACAGCUGAUGGCAAAAUAGCAGUUUUUGAAGACCAAGUAGUAAAGUGCAAGGGUGCAGCACCUUUGAAGAUAUUAACUAUAGGGAAUGUCAGCACACCACUUAUGUGCUUAAGUGAAUCCACAUAUGCAUCUGAAAAAAAUAUAGUCUGGGGAAGCUGUGGAACAAAGAUUAUAGCAUUAUCUGGUGAUAUAUCUAUUCAAAAACUGAUUGAGACAAAGACAAGUCAGCUAUUCUGUCACAAGGCUUGCAGUGAUGCAAACAUUAUUUCAAUAGCAGUGGACAAGUCCAUCUACUUGGCUAAGAAAAACAGCCAUUUUGUGGAAGUUUGGGAUAAGAAAACAGAGAAACUUUGUGAACUAAUUGACUGUGCACAUUUUCUAAAGGAGGAAGUGGUGAAACUAAAUAAAGAAUCAAAACAUACAGUGGCUUAUUCUGGAAGAGUGAAGACCAUCUGUCUACAAAAAGAUUCUGCCCUCUGGAUAGGAACAGGGGGAGGAUAUAUCCUGCUGCUUGAUUUAACAACACGUCGUCCUAUACGAAUAAUACACGAUUUUUGUGACUCUGUUCGAGUCAUGCUGACAGCGCAGCUAGGGAGCCUCAAGAACGUCAUGCUGGUUUUGGGGUACUGCUAUAAAUGUAAUGAAGACAACAAACAUCAGAAAGAGCUGCAGUCGUGUAUGUCUGUGUGGGACAUUAAGCUGCCCGAUGAAGUACAAAACCUGAAAAAGCACAUUGAAGUGAGACAGGAAUUAGCAGAAAAAAUGAGAAAUUUUUCUGUGGAUUAA